UUUCAGCCAAUUGAUUCGCUCUGCUCCCGUCUCUCCAAACCUGCCGUUGUUUUCCACCCUUCCCAAACCCCUCUGCACCAAUUCUUUAUAACCACUCCUCCUGCGCCUGCUCUUCCCCAUCUCUCUCUCUGUACCUCUGCCUCCAUCUCUCUCUCUCUCUCUCUCUCAAGGCUGCUACUGCAACUCCAAAUUUGCUCGAACGAACUGGCUCUAAGACGACCACCCAUGGACUCCGCGGCCGCCAGGCGACCCUGUUUCAUCGAGGAGGACGACGGGCUGGCCUCCCUGGCCGACAUGGAGGCCGGGGUGUCCGGGAAGCAGUGCCACGCGUUCGUGUCUCGGCGGCCCCUCUGCUCCGCCCGGAGCGGGUUCCGGAACGUGUUGUCGUCCCCCAGGUCGUCCUCGAGGUUUUACGACGCCAGAUCCGAGGACCACCAGCCCCAUUUCUUGGAUUCCUGUUCUCUCUGCAAGAAACCGCUCAUGAGCAACAGGGACAUCUUCAUGUACAGAGGGGACACACCAUUUUGCAGUGUAGACUGCAGGCAAGAGCAAAUAGAGAUGGACGAGGCCAAGGAGAAGAACUGGAACCUCUCUUCCUCCAUGAAAGCUCUGAGGAAGAAGAAGGAGCAGAGGAAAUCGACCUCUCCCACCAAAGCUCAGGACUACUCUUUCCAUGCGGGCACUGUCGCAGCCGCUUAGAAAUCGAGGCGCCACUUUUUUGGCUCGCUUAAUUAUCACAUAAGUAUAUAAUAUGAACACAAAACUAUUUCACAUAAACCAACUCAUGUGGAACAAAGACGAAGAUCUUUGGUUCUUGGACGUGGCUGACGGAGCAGAAGGGCCAAGGAGAGUAUUAACAGGCGGAGGAGAUGGACGACGACGACGAAGACGACCCAACAAAGCAGCACAGAGAAGGAAAUCGGAGAGAGACGAGAAUAGAGAAAAAGGACCCAUUUUGAUGUUUUUGUUUUCUCGAUUGCGGGUGUAUAAGUCUUAAGGGGAUGGAUGUGAUAUACAGAGGUUGAGGUUGAGGGUGAGGUUGAGGUUGUGGUUGUGUUCUGGGAAUGUGCUCAAUGAGAUGGCUCUGGUUUUGGCUUUUUUCGAUUUCUUUUUUUUUUUCUUUUCCGGUUCUUGUGUAAUUUUGGCCCUACUUUACAAGAGAAAUGAAGAGGCUCCAGCUUUUAGCUAUCAGUUCA